UGGUCUGGUCAGUUCUAAACUAACAGGUCUCGUCAUAUUUUCCUGCCUUCUCUUUUUUACCAUCUUGCGCCUCGUGUAAUCUCAACCAGCCAUAUAUCGUCGCUCUUGUAUAUUCGCGGCGUCCUAUUCCACAAUCCCUAAUAUGGACACACCUGAAGACCGCCGAUCCACGUAACAUAUGAUCGAACCGCUCCGCACCGCCAGCAAGAUCUUCAAACCGCAGAACCGCUCCCCAAUCAGAGAGGAGGAGGAGACACUAUGUCCGUGGCCCCGGGACGGUGGGGCUUCAUUGAGCGGCAUGAGCCGCCAGCGAGACAAAGGUACAACCAUGUCAAGGUCCGCACAGGAGAAGAACACGCCCACGAUCUACUCGCUAAGCAUAAUGAAAUCGUCUACCGUAAGCGCAUACAUCUUUCUGGCCUGCUUCCUCGAUCGAUCGGGCGUCUCCCACGACCAGCAUCUGAACGACUUCCUCGAGGUCCUGCAGAUCUGCCAGAGAUUGGUCCCGCAAACACCACCCAUGGACAUCAGACUCUCGUGCGACAUCGACAUCUCCCCUAGUCUCCUUCACCAUCACCCAGUGCCGGAACCAAAAGACGAGACGUCCCACUCGGAGCCCACGUAGUAGUACCGCGAGAACGGGGAGGGCGAUCCCGACGAAACUGGAGGACAUGUCUCUAGUCUGCGUACCGAUAAACUACUAAAAGGACUUGCAUAUAUAAAUAAGAAAUCGCUAGAGUGGCCCCAAUUGCCAACCAUUUUAUCCUCUUCCUUC